UUUUCGAAAUACAAAACUCUUUCUUAAGGAAUCUCUCUGAUUUUCUCUUCUUUCUUUUCUUUCUUUUAAGCGGACACAACCCCAAGAACAAAAGAAAAAUAUGAAAAACUCUUCUCAUUUCAAACCCCAACUAACAAACGUAACAAAAAAAAGCUAAAUUAUGACAUGGGUCAUCUUCCAUUCUUCGCCAUAGAUCUCUUUCUCAUCGAUUUUCCCCUUUUCCCUUUCAGGGUAUCUAAGAUCUUGUUCACUUGAGUAUCAUCUGUCUCUUAAAAAGCUGUCUGAGAUUUAUUUCAAAGUUCAAACGUGAUGGAUCAGCAAGGGCAUGGCCAGCCUCCGUCCAUGGGAGCGGUUGGCAGUGGAGGUCAGAUGGCAUAUGGUAGCAACCUCUACCAUCCCAGCCAAAUGACUGUAGGUCCGACUUCGGGAUCUGUCGUUACAUCAGUCGGAGGUAUUCAGUCUACGAGUCAACCUGGUGGAGCUCAGCUUGCUCAACAUCAACUUGCUUAUCAACAUAUCCACCAGCAGCAGCAACAACAGCUUCAACAACAGCUCCAGACUUUUUGGGUAAAUCAAUACCAAGAGAUUGAGAAGGUAACAGACUUUAAGAACCAUAGUCUUCCCUUAGCAAGGAUCAAGAAGAUCAUGAAGGCUGACGAGGACGUACGAAUGAUAUCGGCUGAGGCACCUGUUUUAUUUGCUAGGGCAUGUGAAAUGUUCAUCCUGGAAUUGACUUUACGGUCUUGGAAUCAUACCGAAGAGAACAAGCGCAGGACACUUCAAAAGAAUGAUAUUGCUGCAGCUAUCACAAGAACUGACAUUUUUGACUUUCUGGUUGAUAUAGUACCGAGGGAGGAUCUGAAAGACGAAGUACUCACGUCGAUUCCAAGAGGAUCAAUGACAGUUGGGGGGCCUGGAGAAGCACUUCCUUACUGCUAUAUGCCGUCUCAGCAUGCACCUCAGGUUGGGGCACCUGGAAUGAUCAUGGGUAAGCCCGUGAUGGACCCAACCAUGUAUGCUCCACAAUCACACCCUUACAUGCCUCCACAAAUGUGGCAGCACGCACAAGAUCAAGCCCCUCCUGAUCAAUAGUAGCUUGCAGCAUGGAGGUGAAGGUGAAUCGUAGAUUUCAUGCUUUUGAGGUUGUGUUUGUGUUCAGAAUUCAGAUUCAUUCCAGUCUUCAGUGAUGCAUAUUUUGUUGAAAACGUUGGCUGUAAAGUGCAUAUGAGUGUAUUAUCAUCAAUCAUAUAUGCAGCUUACAAAUUUCCCUUUCAGUUGAAGCUUUAAAUAAACUCCAAUUCUGUGUUCCAUUUAAUGUGAUUAUAUUUAGAUCGGACAUUUGGAUAAUAGGGUUAGGUUUGUGUACCAAAAGUCGAGUAUAUGUUUGGUGCGUGUAUUUGGUUUGUAUAGACUGGAGUAGACAAUUCGUGUUUAUAUUUGGUAUUUGUGUUUGAUUUGCAUA